AUGAAUCCUGCACGACACUCCUCGUCGACGGCCUACUUGCUCCGGACUCCGCCAUCUUCUGCCCCCCGCGAGGUCCCUACGCCGCUAGUGUUCGCUUCUUCGAGUAGCUGGGAUGCAAACUCACGGACUGGGAUGAGCGCGUUCGCAUCGUGGUACGCGGAACGCGGAUAUACGUGCCUCGAGAUCGACCUCGGAAAGCCUGAAGGUGCAGCCACAUCGGAGGCUCUCAUGAGCAAGUACGAGUCUGAGCUGGCGUCGCACAUUCGUCUACUCGCCAUACCCUUCGCGCCAGUUAUCGUUUCCCGCGCCGGCGGCACACUCAUUGCACAGACCUACAUAUCCUCGCACCCCGCCACCGGAUUGUUACUCAUCUCCCCGCCGUCAUCGAAUGCCGCGGCACCACCGUCGCUCCUGCCCACGCCCUUGCCGGAAUUUGACUUCGAGGCGCGGUUCCCGUGUGCCGUCAUGUGCACAGAGGCAGAGACGGCUCAGCUGGCAGAGGGAAAUAGGUUGUGGCAGGACCCCGCAGUGGACAAGAUUGUGGUCCAAGAUGAAGCAGCAAUCGUUGGGCAGGACGGGGUUGUCAAGAUCGAGCAGUGGCUAGAUGAUCUCGGUAUAUGA